AUACAGAAAACAAUCCUCAUUCAUUAUUGUAACAACAAAUCUAUAUAUCUAUUUCUCAAAUGGCCUGGGAUUCGAAAUCUAGCACCCUUCCCCAAAAUAAUAACUCUAGACUCAAACAAUCUCAAUCUCAAUCUCAAUCUCAAUCUCAAUCUCAAAAUGGCGACGCUACAUUAGAAUCAAGUAGGCUGCCGAAAUCUACCCAUGUUGCAGACCCUGUUCUUCAGCCGUUUUUAAAUCCGUCUUUUGAUCCCGCAGAUUAUCUCAAUUCAGCUUUGCCCUCUCUACAGCCUUCGAAUACAUCGUCAUCUUCUAAAGGCAGCGUACCUUUGGCUGAACUAUCCACACAAACACAAACUCUUCUCUCUCAUCUCAGCGCCCACACCACAAGACUUACGACUACUCUUACACAACUCACUGAUGAAAUAUUGCGAAGCGGAAGCCGAUUGGCUUAUGAGGUGGAAGUACUACGAGGAGAGACACUGGGACUAUCAGAAGCAUUGACCGAGGGACUACAUGAUGAUGUCACAAAAUUUGUUCCGGGUGGACUUGAGAAUGAUCUGGCAAAAAGAUCAAUGGGAUCGGGAGACGCACAUGGCACCUCCAGGACGCGAUCUGCCACAAUCACCAUACCGAAAACACCUACUUUAAAAGACACCAAUAGCGCCAAGAUUAUCGACCCCCCUUUUGUAACCCAAUUACGAACUCUUACACUCGUGCGAUCACGAUUAGAUACUGUUAUAAAGACUUUUGGGGAUGCAAUGGCAUGGACUUUCCCGCCGUCAGAAGUGUCGGUCACUUCAUCCUUUCUUUCUGUUUCCGCUCCCGAGCCAGGGUCAGAAGCACACAGCACUGAAGAGAAAGGGCAAGAGGUUUCAAAGAGAAUACGUGAUGAAAUUGCAGAUUUAUUGAUUGGAGAUGAUCCAGUUGACGGUAUUGAGGCAGCAGCUAAAAGAGUACAGGAGUUGAAGGAAUUGGCGCUUGUAUGGAGAGGCACAGCAGAAGAACGGGCAAGGGGUAAAUUUGUUGAAAGUCUUGCAAAGAUGGUCGAAGACAGACAUCGAGAUCUGCUGAAAAAUGCUGAACAGGAUGGCCGGUUGACUCAAAGAGUAGAGGCUGUGCAUGACCAAGAGACUUCAGUCUCUAGUAAUGGCGAUAAUAGGGCACAAAGUGGAUACGGAUUUAUCAAUCAAUUGCAACGGCUAAGAGGCUCUUAAUAGAGUUAUUCCUCGAUUUUAAUACCCAAAUAUUUGCUUAUUCUCCCUUUUCCAUGCCCCUCAAACCAUUAUCGAUUAUUGAAGCAAAGUCUUUGAGUUUUGAUGAGCUAACAGAAUAGGCUGGAGCCUUGAAUGAACCCGAGAUUGGUGGUCUCAUCAUUUGCUAAAUAUUCGAUAUACAAUUAGGUCCAAUGUACCAAAUGCAGAUGCUCGGAUGCAGCUAGUUGCUUUUCCGAAAGAAGCAUUUGCGUUACCCCUUGCUUGAUGUCAUUCCAGCCAGGUAGCUUGCAAAAUUUACAAUCUUCACAAAUUCUAUCCAUUCUUGGAAAAUACUCCUUUGCCAGUAGCUUUGUUAUUUACUAUUUACAAUUAACGCUCCACACUUCCAUGGACCUUGAACACUUCAUAUCAUUUGAUGUGAAUGCACCAAUGAGC